AUGCUUGCCGUUGUUCCAGCCAAUGUGGACAUCGCAACACAAGAGAUAAUCGAAAUCGCGAGAGAGCUAGACCCGGAUGGAACAAGAACCUUACGGAUCUUGACAAAGCCAGACCUUGUCGACAAAGGUGCAGAAGAUAAGAUCAUUGAACUUGUCGAAGGGAAGCAGGAGUCUCAAGAAUUAUGCUGGGUGGUAGUUCGGAACCUUGGACAGAAGGAUCUUCAGGAUUUUUCAAAGGAUCGUGACGUAGAAGAAGAAAUAUUCCGCAAUUCGCCUCCUUGGAACCGCCUCUCAAAUGAUAAUUACGGCAUCGAGUCUCUAAGAACGCGCCUGCAAGCAUUGUUGGCUUCCAACGUGCGGCGAGAGUUUCCAUCGGUGCGAUCUGAAGUCUCGAAACGUCUCAAAGAAUGCAAAAGAGGUCUUGAAAACCUCGGAGAAGAGCGUGAAUCCCCCGAGCAACAAAGCAAAUAUCUGCUCCAAAUCGCGUCGAAGUUUCAGCGUAUCACUGAGAAUGCUCUCCAUACAAAUUAUGGGUUGCAAGAUGCUUUUGACGAAGAACCUGACUUAAGAUUGGGGGCAACUUUGGUUGCUAAUCGUAAUGCACAGUUUUCUGAUGACUUUUGUUCUCAGGGACAUGUAUACUGCUUCAAGUCGCAUGGCCAUGACGACAACACUGAAAACCAGCCAAAUACCACUGCGACUUCCCCACCGAGCUCUGUCAGAACCUGCAUCGGCACGGAUAUUGAAGGAGUAGAAGAAGAACAUGAGAACUCUGUCCCCAGCAGAAAGCUGAAUAGUUGCAGCGAUAUCGAAGACAUUCUACAUGACCGUGUCCAAAUCCAAAAUUCUCUGGAACAAGGUAUUCUCCCUUGGAUCGAAAAUAUCUAUCGGGAAUCUCGCGGAUUUGAGUUAGGAACGUUCAAUUCGGCCAUCCUUUCAAGCGUACUGAAGAAACAAUCUGCCAAAUGGCCGUCUCUGACAGAAGGCUAA